AUGGAGGCCAUAGGACUAGCGGUCGGAAUCGCAGGAUUGGCGGGCCUGUUCAGUACCUGCCUUGAUCUUAUUGACAAGGCUAACUCUUACAGAGACUACGGUCCUGAGUCACGCUCUGUUGUCGCACAGUUUGAAGCUAACAAGCUUCUGUUUAGAAGGUGGGCUCAAAGUGUUAGGAUAGAAGAAGGCAAUCCCAAGAACAAUCAUCAUAGUGCUCUAGACAAUCCCGCGACUGCUUUAGUGGUAUUGAAAAUUUUGUCGAGCAUACAGGAAACCUUCAACAAGACCGAGAAUGCCCUGUUAAACAUGCAGCAUGUGUCGACAGCCGAUCCGAGCUCUAAGAGCUUUGACUAUACGCAAGGCUCGAAUCAGAAUGUGGAGUCCAAGGUAUCGACGUCGAAGCGCCAUAAGAUCGGAUGGGCCUUGAUGGGAAAGGCGAAAUUCAUCCAGCAAGUCCUUUAG